UUUUUUUCCCACUAGUUCUUCCAUUCUCUCUUCUUCCGCCAACUUGAUUUUUUAUUAUCAUUCUUAUUAUGAACAGUGUCAGAGCAUCGAUUCGUAAAUUACCACCUUCCGCAAGCAUCAAGAUUUUAAAAAAGGUGUUUUCAUUGCCAGCGCCGGCAGCUAGACUUAUUUUAAAUGAUGUCACAAGAGCAAGAAAAUCUCAUCGACCUUGGAUUCAUAAAGUGAAAUUAAACCCCAACCAGGCUCAAGAUUGGUCUGGCUGUUGGAUUGGUGAAAACAUUCAUGAUUUAAAUCAUGAGGGACUUAUGAAGAGAGUAUAUGAGGCAGAUAUUGUCCUAUUUUAUGUUCAUGGUGGCGGAUUUCGUAUUGGCAGCUGUACAAUGUACAUGGAUACAAACAUUGCUUGGAUUAAAGUCCUUAAAGAGAAAUACGGAUUGAAAUGUAUGAUCAUGUCAGUUGACUAUAGAUUGGCUCCAGAACACCGUUACCCUAGUCCAGUUGAAGAUGUGGUUCGCGCUUAUGAGCAUUUAGUUCAAAAACUAUCGGUUCAUAGUGAAAAGAUUAUUGUAAUUGGUGAUUCAGCAGGCGCUGCUUUGGCCCUCGAAAUGCUAUUUAUUACACAUGAUCCAAGCAUGUUUGAAAUUGAGGUCGACGAUAAUAAUAGCAGCAGCACACAACCUGUAUUAACCGAAUUACCCAGACCUGCUGGUACGGUUUUAAUAUCCCCUUUGGUCACCGACGAAACCACUUCAGAAUCUUGGAGAGUCAAUCAAAAAUAUGACUACAUUACAAAUUAUACAGCUAAAGUGAUAAAGCGGGAUUAUUUUGAGCCGACAAAAGAGGACGAAGAUGAUGAAGAUAAAGUCAAUCAGAUUUUAGGAAUAGCCAAAUUACAGACAGGAUUUUCAGCAUUUAUGUCACCUCAAGUGUUGAUGUAUAUUGGAAAUUUGGAAGUUUUGAGAGACGACGCAUUACAAUUAGCUUUAAAAGCUGAACAAGAUGGUGUCGCUUGGCAAACGGUUAUUGAGGAUAAUGUGCAUGACUGGUUUUGUGUAAGAGAAGUCGUCAAAGACAAAACAACAAUAGCAAGAGCAGAUCAAACAUUUGCAGAUUUUUGUUACAGGGCCAUCGGUAAACCAGUAGCCGAAAGACAGCAAUAUAUACCAACACCAAGAAAUAGCUUAUCAAAUGGCUUAGCUGCGGUUAAAGAAGAGGAUGAAUCCGAUGUUGAUGAUGAAUCAUCGUAUCUUAGUGACACCACCCCUUCAAGUUCAUCCUUAUUUGAUUUCAGAUUAUCGAAAUUAUCGCUGGAUGAAUUUGAGCAACAGAAAGCUUCUUCAAAGCGUUCCUCAGAUAUUGUAUUUGUUUAAUUAUUGCUGAUUAUAAAUAAAAAAGGGGGUACAGUUUAGUGCAAAAUCAAAAACGGAUACCAUCAUUAUUGCGUUAAAGUAUUCCUCGUGACCUUCUUUUUUGUUAUCAUAAAAGACGAAACAAACAGUGAUCCUUUUUCUUCCUUUC